AUGGAAACCGAGUGCGUUGAGUUCGACCCGCGAGCGCGCAGCAAUAUGGGCCCGCCAGCAAAGAGGGUGUCACCUGCAAAACUGAAGAGAGCGAACUCGGCUGCUGCCGUCUUCAGAAAGCAAAAUACUAAAAUGAGACGGGGCAAUGUCACACCUCAUGCGACCUCCAACAGUCAUAAGUUCAAGAGGGACGACGCCGACGCUACGACGUUGCUGAGCGCCGGGUCGCAUUCUAGCUCACACAGCAUAGAGAAAAAGGGAGCGAAGAAAAGAUCAUCGGAUAUGCAUCCACUGGGUAUAGCAUUUAGAAAUGCCAGCGACAAGUACCGUCGUCAUCUUUACAACACUGCCUCCAUCAAAAUCAAAAAGACCCUAGAAUCACUCCUGCACACCCUCUACGAGAGUACCCUACAGACGAUUACACCCAGUAAUAGUCAACAAGAUCCCAAUACCUCACCUCUAAAGCUUUCCGCCCCAGCAAAGUAUGAACGUUUAGCCACCCAGCUCUAUCAGCCCAUCUCUCGGUUUACGCUUUCACUGCGGCGUACUGACAGUGAGGGAAAGAGCGUGCACUUUGUGCAGACACUUGAGACUCGCAUGCUACACUAUGAUGAGCUGAUUGCCAAAGAGACAACGAAGCUGGGGAAGUUGCAGAAAGAGUGGGAAGCCGUUGUAGGUGAAAUUUGGAAGCUGGGAACUAUGUUUCUAGGCGACGAAGCUAUGGAAGAAAUGCUGUUCACCGAGCAGCGAGUAGAUGAGCCGACCUUGCCACUUUCCUCCUCGCCAUCUAUACCCACUGACGUUGAAUCCGCCCUUUUCGUUUCCGAACACGGCAGUUGGUCACCACGCAACAAGUCUCGCGUCGGCAAGAAGCAUGUUACUUUCCUAGAAGAAGAACCACCAGGCAUUCCUAAAAAGUACGACGCCACACCAACAACCCAAUUCCCGAACUUCAUCUAUCAGCCUUCGAGAUAUCGCAAGGAUACGCUGUCUCCCAUACCAAGUCUGCCAGAGGAUGAGAUCAAGGAGCUGGAGACGAUGGUGAAGGAGCUGGGCAAGCAGGAAAUCAAAGAAUUCCGUAAAAUCGAGAAGGAUCAUCAGGCGUACUGGAAGAAGAAGACUGCACAGCUUACGAGUGCGCUAAAGAGUGACUGA